CAAGAAUGGGUAGAGCAAGUACAACAUACAUAAUUACGUAGUAAGUCUACGUAAUUUUAUAAUAUAAUACGGGUCAGAUAAAAUUAAUAUCUUAGUUGUCAGAAGCAAAUUAUUUCAUUGGGAAAAUUUAAUUAAACUAUUUGUAGGCUAACAAUUUAUGAAACUUAAUUCAUAAUAAUAACUCAUUUGAAUUGCUUAAGGAAUAUUUACAAUAAUAAAUACUACGAGUGAUGAAUUACGAUACAAUUUCAUUAAGGUUUUUAAGUUACUUACAUCGUAUAAAGUUAUUUCUAUAAGGGCCACCAGUGACCAAGUGGAUGAAUCGAGUGAACACUGGUAGAAUCCUGGAUUUGCACUUGAUUAACGUGAACUUUUCCAAGUUUCUUCACCUAUGUAGCAUCUAAACGGGGAUAAUUUUUCCAUUAAAAAGCUUCUUGACAGAUACUCUCCCUCAUCAGAUGUUGCUUCUCCUUAUCCUAUCAAACCGAACCGAACCAAAUCUUUUUAAAUCAAGGGGGCGUUUUGAUACUAAACAGAGAUGGCGUUGAUGAGAAAUACUAGUUGCCAGUAACUAUCGUCUCUACCCAUGCACGAGCGGGUACGGAGAUGGCACCGACAUCAGCAAAUGGUUUCUGGGGUAAACCGACAGCGACUCUCGAUUGGUGCGAAAGAAAUUACGAAGUUACUUUUUAUAUCGCUGAAUUUUGGAAUACUCUAAGUAAUCUUGCUAUGUUAUUGCCAGCAAUAUGGGGUGGGUGGCAAGCUUGGAAAGAUGGCUUAGAAUUAAGAUUUCUUCUAAGUCAUUUUUUUCUUUUAGUUGUUGGAUGUGGUUCUUGGUGGUUUCAUAUGACACUUCAGUAUGGAAUGCAAUUAUUUGAUGAAUUACCAAUGGUUUGGGGUAGUUUGAUAUUAGUAUAUGCCUUAGCUGAGGUUAACAGUCCUCCAAAAAAGCGAAAUGUUCCAUUAAUAAUUGGGUUAAUACUUUAUGGACUUGUAGUAACUAUUGUAAGUAAUUCUCUUAUAACUGAUCAUGAAAUGAAAUACUAUCAUAUUAAAAAUAUAGUAAAUCUUGAAAAAUGUUUUUAGCAGAUAAUAAAUUAG